AUGACCGAUUCGCCAGCCUCGACGUCGCUUCAAACGCGUCUCACCACCGCCUUCCCGCAAACCGCCUCUCUCUCGCGACAGGACCUUCAAGCGCUGGCCUACGACGACGUCCCCCCAUCCCAGCUUGCACCUCCCUCCUCCUCGCAGCAGCCACCAUCCGAGUCCAUCUCGCCGAACCAAGCCUUCUUCGAAGCAUUCUUCCACUCGCUGCCUCAAGCCCAGUCUCUCUACCGCGUGCACGCCGACCUGCUGCGCACCAACGAAGCCAAAGCGACGCGCAACAUGGAGCGCCAGGUGCCGCUCCAAGCGCUCCGCACCGAGACGCAGCAGCUCUUCGACCGAGCAAAGUCGCUAGAGGCCGAGUGGGCGACAAGAGAAGCGCAGCUCAACGAGGUACAGAAGCGAUUCAACCCGUCCGCUCUGCACUUUGGUUUGACGCAGUCGGCCAGCAAACUCAACGAUCGAUCCGAGGAAUUGGCCAAUGCGUUUGUCGAGGGUCUGGCAUAUCCGAGAGACGAUAGCGGUACGAGCGAGGAGGCAAUCGUGGACGACGCGAGCUUUGUCCGAAGGUAUAAACAUCAAAGGCUGCUGUAUCAUAAGAGAAGGCUGGUAGCGGAUCGGUGGGCGAGGAAUCAAGUUCAUUGGACCGACUGA